UUGUCGUUUUACGAUGGCGCCCAGCCCAGUACACCCGACGUCAUCGCAACUCAGGAACAGCAAGACGGUAUCACCGAACAUGGUAUGCGCAAACGGAGCAUCGCUCCUACGACCGAAGUGCCAUUUUUGGUGAAACCAGGAACUAUCGACGGGCGCCCAGUACGAGAUCGAACAGUCGCCGAUGACGAAGGCCAGCCUCCUCCAGGAGAAAGCAACACCUCGACGCCGACACAUGCACUGGGGUUAGCUGCAGGCGCUCGGACGAUCAAAGACCAUGCGAUAUCCGGGACAUCGAACAAGGAAACAGUCCGAGACAACCGUGACAGUUGAUGUCUGCAGUGCAAAGUUACCGCCUGAUACGAUUAAGGCGAAAACACGCUCCGGCUCUACCGUCACUCUGGCGAUGCCCGUCGACACGGUCCCUAGACGCGGACACUCUGGAAAGUCGUCGACGCAGGACUCGGGGUCCCAGCGCGAACCUUCGUUCUCGUCCUUUAUUCAAGGUCUCAAGACGAUCAGCAGAGAACGCCACGCAGAACAGCGGGCCAAGCGACGAGGAAGCAAGUCUUUGAUCUGGGACUCUGAACACGUGCAGCGCCAUUCGCAGAUGGUGGUCAGAAUAGCUGGUGUACCUAUCACAGUGCGGCACAUCCUCUUCGUCGCUAUUCUAAUGGUGGUAGUGACAAUCGGGACAGUCGUCAUCAUCAUUCUGUUCAGACGAGAACAAGAAACGGGUCCGACAAAGCCGUACUGCAAGACCAAAGACUGCCUCGUUCACGCCUGGCGUCUUACCGAUAGACUGAACAGCAGCCUCGAUCCAUGUCAGAACUUCGGCGCUUACGUCUGUUCCGCUUGGUCCCCUCCAGAGGGCUACCUGGAACAUUCCAACUCAGCCAUGGAUGACGUGAGGAAAUCUUGGUUCCCACUGUUCGAAGAAAUUCUUAGAGAAGGCGCCCAGAUAAUUCGCGUCGGCCGAAAGCCGCUAUUAAUGUACGAGACAUGCAUGGGCGACAGUAAGUUAUACGGAUCGAACGUGGACAUUUUCUGGAAGUUCCUCAAUGAGUGUAGACUGACCUGGCCCGAAGAGCCAGAGUCAAGUAACACCAGCGCCCUCGAUGUACUGAUAACACUCGCAUUCAAGUGGCAGGUUUCACUCUUCUUUCAAGUAAGAGUACUCCGCUUGGUGCCCACACCGAAUUGGCGUUUAACGUUAGAUCCAGGCCCACUUAUACCGCUAAUGUACCAGCAUCAUCUCACGGUAAAAAAUACCGGCGGGUACGCCAAGUACUGGGCUGCAUUCUUCUACAUCCUGAGGGGAAGCUAUGACAAGAGUCGGAUAAAUAAGACGCUCAUAGACUCAACAAUGGCGCUGGAGGGCGACAUAUUCAGAAGACUCCUACUGGCCAUGCGUCCACCUGUAGUCCGCCCAGUACUGGUGCCAAUCGGCAAAAUAAGACUCUACACUCCGCCUCUUGACUGGAAGCAGUGGCUGCGGGCAUUAAAGCAGCUAGAACUUCAGCCUGAGAUAGAAUCCAACGACCAGGUUCUCAUAACCGACGCAAAGUUUUUCCAGACCAUGGCGGCCGUGAUGGCCUCGUACAAGGACAGCCAGCUGCUGUCCCUGAUCGCAUGGUCAUGCGUGCAGCUGUUGGCACCGGCAGUGGAUUUGCAGCUGCUCCAGAACCGGUACGAUCAAGGCGUCAUACUGUACCGGCCGUACUUCUGCGAACGGUUUGUUGAGACCGCCUACCGACUCCUGGUGAUUGCUCUCAGCUCUGUGUCACGCUUCUCAAGACAGGAGCGCGCCGCCGUCUCUGCAAACUUCGACCUCCUGGUUACAACCGCCAGCGAUUUGGUCAACGACACAGACUGGCUGGAUGCCAAGAGCCGACAACUUGCCGCCGUGAAGCUGUCUGCGACACACCUGCAGCUGUGGCCCUCCGAACGUUUCCUGGAGAACGAGGCACUCGACCGCAUGUACGCGGCUUUUCCCAGCGCCCAAUUGCCGUUUGCAGAAUUAUGGAUCCAGUCGAGUCGGUGUGCAGCCGCUACGUACCGUACGAGUGCCAAUAUCGACGUCUUGAGCUACGCGGUAAACUACGCGCUGCCGUACCUGGUAUACGAUGCUGCAGGUGGCGCAGUCAAGGUAGCUGUGGGUGCCGUUACUCCGCCCCUGUACUACUCUGACGGGACCAAAGCUAUGUUCUACGGGGGACUUGGCUUCUCCAUGGCGGUCAAUCUGGUCGCAUCCAUGGACAAACAGGGACUGCGAUGGCAUCCAAACGGCACUUUCGGCGACUCAUUUUUGUCGAAUACUCUUCUUCACAGCGCUUCUUCUCGAGCAUACGACCAUCGAGACGGCUGCCUGGCGGCUGCACAGGAGGCGCCCGUCGACGACCCCCCUACCUACCAGACCCGAACCGGCUCUAGGACCAGCGUCUUUCCAGAGAUUCCCGCGCUCGAGGUCGCCUACGCAGCGUACAGACGUUCCAUCAGCGAAAGCGAAGACAAUAGUCCGCAGGAUAUCCCGCGGAAUCUCUCGGGCGAUCAGGUGUUCUUCAUGACUCUGUGCUACAUGACGUGCAGCCUUCCCGGAGCCGUAGGUCCGCAUACCAUCGACUGCAACAAGGCUGUGAGCAACUCGGAGGCAUUCGCGCGGGCUUUUCAAUGCCCCUACGGAUCAAAGAUGAACCCCAAAAAGAAGUGCACAUUCUUCACCUGA